AUGGUGCACCGGCUUGAUGCAAAGAAGGAGCAAACAAUGUGCAGAUCGGACGGUAUUGGGAAGCAUGAAGAUAUAUACCUUGUCGGAGCUGCAGCCGCCGUGUCCAGCAUCCAUUACACGGCUUGCGAAAGCAGUCAUUGGCGAGAAUUCGCUGCCCUGGAAACUUCAUCCGGCUUGCUUUCUGCAAUGCAUGGACUCUUGCUGCCUUCUCACCUUGACGACUGCUCGGGACCGGGUCUGCAGGAAGUGUUCCGCCGCGAGGCCGUGGAGCAGCUCGGGAUCCUGUCAGCCUGGCCCUAA